GGGGGGUUCAGCGGGCCUGGGCACUGGCCCGGGAAGCGCCGAUUGCUUCUUUGGGCCGGAGCCGUCGGAGUGGGGCUGUUGCCGAGGGAGCAUGUCGGUGGCGGGGCUGAAGAAGCAGUUCCACAAGGCCAGCCAGAGAACCAAAGAGGCAUUAUUUACCCGGUUAGAGAGGUAACCACAACGCAAGCACUACAGACCGUUGGGCGUGCAGUAAAGCUGUAAUGCACCUUGAAAGUGUUGGAGCAUCUUUUGCGGGCUCUUCAGUGAAAAGAUCAGUGGAGCUGAAGGAACAAAACUAGAUGAAGAUUUUCAAGAGAUGGAAAGGAAAAUUGAUGUCACUAACAAAGCUGUGGCAGAACUUCUAUCAAAGGCCACCGAAUACCUCCAACCUAAUCCAGCCUACAGAGCUAAGCUGGGUAUGCUGAACACUGUAUCUAAGAUUCGAGGACAGGUUAAAACCACGGGAUAUCCACAGACAGAAGGGCUCCUUGGAGAUUGUAUGCUCCGAUACGGGAGAGACCUCGGAGAGGAAUCGACCUUUGGCACUGCGCUGAUCGAUGCUGGCGAGAGUAUGAAGCAGAUGGGUGAAGUCAAAGACUCUCUGGACAUCAACGUGAAGCAAAACUUCAUCGAUCCAUUACAGCUACUGCAAGACAAGGAUCUGAGAGAAAUUGGGCACCAUCUGAAGAAGCUAGAAGGCCGGCGUUUAGAUUACGAUUACAAAAAGAAGCGUCUAGGGAAGAUACCAGAUGAGGAGGUUAAGCAAGCUGUGGAAAAGUUUGAGGAGUCCAAAGAGUUGGCCGAACGCAGCAUGUUCAACUUUCUAGAGAACGAUAUAGAGCAAGUGAGCCAGUUGCUUGUCUUGGUAGAAGCUGCCCUCGUUUAUCACAAGCAAUCCACAGAAAUUUUAGAGGACCUGCAGAGCAAGCUUCAAAACAGGAUAAACAUCGCGUCGAGUCGCCCUAGACUUGAAUUCAAGCCAAAGUCGGUAUUAAGGGCGUCUCUCGAAAUAAGCAACGGCCAACAGCACAAUGGAAUUUCAUUCAGCCCGUUGAUAAAGUCCUCAGGUUCCUCGUUGCACAUGGACCAACCUUGCUGCCAAGCGUUGUUUGACUUUGAGCCCGAAAAUGAAGGCGAGCUUGGCUUUAAGGAAGGGGACAUCAUCACGUUGACGAACCAAAUCGAUGAGAACUGGUACGAAGGCAUGUUAAAUGGCGAAUCGGGCUUCUUCCCCAUCAAUUACGUCGAAGUCGUGGUGGCGUUGCCCCAGUGAGCCUGUCGCGGCGUCCACGCCGCCGGUGCCGUUUCAGCGCCAAAGCCGUGUCUUCUUCGCCCAAAGUGGUCUUUCAUUUGUACGCCCCUCCAAAAG